AUGGAGGGCGACCAAUACUGGGUCCAUCAACGGCGGAUGAUGAUGGCUGCGGCCAGUUUGAUGCUUCAAAACAGCAGCUUUAGACAAAAUCUGGAUGAUGAGGGUCGCAGUAGGAGGCAGAGAGUGCUGCCGAGGUCAGCUUUGUUGAGCCCAAAUGCGUCGCCAUGGGAAGCUGUCUAUCAUUCUGGUAGCGACCAAGCCAUGAUAACCAUCACCGGCUAUGAUAAUAGAGCAUUCAGAGCUUUGUUGGAGCUGUUCACUCCUUGGUUUAACACUCAUACUCCUUGGACUGGAAAGCAAGAUGGAACAACCUGCAAGAAGCUGAAAAAACGUCGAUUCAACACAGGUCGAAAUCGGAUUAUUAAUGCCAGCUCGUGCUUAGCUCUUGUCCUCACUUGGUACCGUUUUCGAGGUGCUCUGUUCACCCUUCAGGGCUGGUUUGGCUUUACCAGUACUCACACAAGUGUUUGGUUGAGGUUUGGAAGGCGAGGCUUGCUGCUCUUACUGCAGAAUCAUCAUUGGGGGCGAGUUGCCAUUCCUACCGAUGAGAAGAUCGAACGUUUGAAGGCAGCGGUCAACCAAAGGCAUCCGGCUUUGGUCAAUGUGUACUGUGUUGCAGAUGGGCUUAAGCUGUUGUUCGAGAGACACGAUGACCUGGAUGAGCAGUCGAUGUACUACAACGGCUGGACACAUGACCACUAUAUCACCAACCUGUUUGUCUUCUCUAUUGAUGGCUACAUCAUUCACUGUAUUCUCAACGCUCCUGGAUCCAUGCAUGACUCUACACUGGCAUCUUAUGGUGGCACUUAUGAACUAUUGGAAGCAAUCUACAAUCGUACUGGUGGUGUUUGCUGUGUCGAUUCAGCUUUUACAGCAGCCAACAACCCUUUCCUUGUCAAAUCGUCCGAGAACUUCUCCACAGCUGAGUCGGCAGAAGAAAUAAUUGUGCGCGACCAAGCAACAUCUCUUAGGCAGGCAGCCGAGUGGGGUAUGAGAGCACUGCAAGGAGCAUUCCCUCGUCUCAAAGAUCGAAUUCAUUUGGAAGAGAAUGGGGAACGCCUUAUUAUUCUGAAGCUUAUGACGUGCUUAUACAAUGCAAGAAUCACUCUUGUCGGCUUGAAUCAACUGCAGAAUACAUACGUACCCCACUGGAGUGUUGAUGCUCGCUGUUUCAUAGUGGAACACCCAUAG